AUGCGUAUUUACACUCCAGGUAGUAUUGGCCUUGAUGAAUGCCUCAAAGGCUUCGGAAAGUAAUAUUUUGCAAUGGGAUGUUUAUCCAGACUAAUUGGAGGCAUGACGUGGGUCACAGAUAUGCAUAUGUCGGAGACAGCUGCGGUCACUCAACUUGAGGACAUGAUGACCCCACUUGCUAAUACGCGUUUAUCGAUCGGAACUGAUGAAUGGAGGUGA